AUGGCUCUUGUUAGGGACCCAUGCUUUUGGAAGCGCUUCUCAACUGCAGUCCAUAUGGACGAAGAGGCAAAGGUAGUGGACCUAGGCGAAGAAACUAAAGAAGACAAGACAUCGUGGCUCUCCCAGCAACAUCAAAAACGCAAGCGGUCCAUUAUCUGGGGCUUCGUCAUUUUCUUUGCAUUGCUCAUUCUCAUCAUCGCCGGCGUGGUUGUAUGGUGGCUUGCUAAAAACAACUGGCUCCAACCUGGGCCUGAUGCUACUACAUAG